GAGAGGUAGUCUUGCUGGUGGAAAUGCGGGUCUUGGGGAUGGGGGGCGGACACUGCAGGGAAGACCAUCGCAGGAGGGGGGCCGAUGCCAGUUGCAGCCCGGUCGCGCUCGCGUUUCCUUCUCUGACGUUCGGCGGCCUUCUCUCGUUUGAGGCGCUGCUGAGGAGUCUCAUUCUCCCUGCGCUUACGCGGAGAUGUGGUAGGUUCAGAGUAUGUGUCGUCCAUCCCACGCGUCGCGUUGAUGUGACUAUCGGGCGACACGACGAGGUCACUGGGCGGUCACUGUGGGUCACAGUGGAAGAGAGAGAGGCAAGCGCAUAGAAAGGUCAUUAUUCAAUCUUUUGUUUUAUUGUUUCCUACGUCAUGUACAAGAUUGAGUGGGGGGAUUGCGAAGGCAUGCAAGUAUCGAUAUACCAUGGUGUGAUGUCAGUAGUAGAGU